AAACAUGACUUUGAUCUGCGUCCUCAUCUGGACUCUCCUCUGCUGCUGCUUCACAGAGUCCAGAGGACAGGUCACAGUGACUCAGCCUGCAGCAGUGAGCUCUGCUAUUGGAGGAACCGUCUCCAUCAGAUGUAGGACCAGUCAGAAUGUUUAUAUUUGGAGCAGCAACCACUUGUUAUCCUGGUACCAACAGAGAGGUGGAGAAGCUCCUAAACUCCUCAUUUACUAUGCUAGCACUCGAGCAUCAGGGAUUCCAAGUCGUUUUACAGGCAGUGGAUCAAACUCUGACUUCACUCUGACCAUCAGUGGAGUCCAGGCUGAAGAUGCAGCAGUUUACUACUGUUUGGGUCAUUUUGACUGCAGCAAGUAUGACUGCUUCACACAUGACUAUCGUCCCAUUGCACUCACGCCUACCAUCAUGAACUGCAUUGAGAGGCUGGUCAUGAGUCACAUCAGAGACCUGCUGCCCCCCACCCUGGCCCCUGAAGGUUGCCAGCUGUCCUUCAUGACAACAGAAGCCACAGAAAUCCUCCUCAUCAAAAACAUGACUUUGAUCUGCGUCCUCAUCUGGACUCUCCUCUGCUGCUGCUUCACAGAGUCCAGAGGACAGGUCACAGUGACUCAGCAGCCUGCAGCAGUGAGCUCUGCUAUUGGAGGCUCCGUCUCCAUCAGAUGCAGGACCAGUCAGAAUGUUUAUAACAAUAACUUUUUAGCCUGGUACCAACAGAGAGAUGGAGAAGCUCCUAAACUCCUCAUUUACUAUGCUAGCACUCGAGCAUCAGGGAUUCCAAGUCGUUUUACAGGCAGUGGAUCAAACUCUGACUUCACUCUGACCAUCAGUGGAGUCCAGGCUGAAGAUGCAGCAGUUUACUACUGUGUGGGUGAAUUUACCUGUAGCCAGUAUGACUGCUUCACACAGUGAAAAAUGGUCGUACAA